AUGGAUUUUGAUUUAGACGAUCCCCUCGAUGAUAUUCUAAAAAGUGAUGAGAGUGAUAGUUUUUUCGAUGGAGGAGUAAAGAAAGAUCCAGGCGGGGCUAAAUCCGCAGCAAAUACCGCGAAAAAGGAACCUCCGGGAAAGGCAAAAAUUUCCGAUCUCUUUGGCAUAAGUAAACCAGAACCAACUCUCCCCACUCAACCUGCUAAGAAACCCGAUCCCCCACCUACUGUUGAGGUGCCCAAACCCAGAGCUGAGCCCCAAUUUGUUGCCCGGAAGGAAACUCCCAAAAAGACUCCGGAACUAAAGAGCAAAGUUUCCUUUGAUGAUGACACCGAUCUGGAUCUUGGAUUUGAUCCAAAAGCCCCAAAAGCUAAAACAAAUAUCUUUGAUGACCUUCUGGGGACAACACAGCCGGCUGCAAAGUCCCAAGGAUUGGCCCCUAAAGUUGAGCCUCGGCCAAAGACAACUCCAGCUCCGAUUUCGCGGCAAUCAACCUUCGAUGAUAUGCCGCCAACGGUUCAACCUUCACAAGGAGGACGUCCCAGAACAGCUGCUAGAUCUACUUCAGCUAUUCCUGAUCCACUGGGGCUGUUUUCUGAUACCCGUGAAAAGGAUUCGGGGAAACAGGAAGUUGCGCCAUCGAGUAAAUCAGCCCCAGUAGAUUGGCUAGGAUUGGGCACAGAUGCAAAAGAGGUUCCAAAGCCAAUAGAACAGAAGGCAUCAGUAGUCGAUAGAGCACCUCCUCAGCCAGUGGUGCAACAUGAAGAAAUCCCUGAUACUGCAAAGCAAAUCCUUUCCAGUGAAACAGCCCUGCAAACAAUGCGACAGCAGGAAACGCAGCUAGUGGUGGCGUCACAGCUGAAGAAUCAAGAGCGUGCUCUUGUGGAUAUUCAAGCACGUCAGGCGGACCUUCUAAGACGACAGGAAGUGCAAUUCUCCGAGCUGAUGCAGAAGCAAAUGCAGCGUCAGAGUGUUCUUGAGGAGAACAUUAAGCGACAGCAAGAGAAGAUAAAUUCCCACCUGGAAGCGCUUAUCAAUCAACCAAUCUUGCCGGGAAUUUCCCCGCGGAUUCCCCUUGAUGCAGGCACAGAAGAUGCCAAAACGGAAACAAUAGAAGUGGUUGAGCUGAAAGCCGAUGUGAGACGCCUGGAGUUGGAGAAACUCCGCCUGGAGGAUUUGCUAUCAAACGUGAAGAGUAAUCACGAAGAAGAACUCAUUCUAAUGGAGAGGAGUCACAAGAAGCAAAUUAGUGUCCUCGAAGAGACCCUGCAGAGCUUGGAAAAUCGCCUAAAGAGUGAAAAUACCAGCCUGGAGGAAUUCUACAUGCGCAAGUUGAGUAAAUUGGAUGAAGAAAAGACAACCUUGGUGAAGGAAGCUGAAGAACGCUUGGAAGAGCUGAAGGUGCACCAAAAGGAAGCCCUUGAAACCAUGAGGAUUGGCUAUGAGACGGAUAUUCAGCAUCUCCGGGAGGAUCACAAGAGGAUAAUUGAGAAUAUUCGGGAAUCGAAACUGAUGGAAUUCUCAGUGAUGCAGGAGAAUUCAUCAUACAUUCAGCAACUGAAGACAGCCUCGUCAUUCUUGGAAAGUGCUUCGGGGAAUAUUGAGAAUCUCAAGGAGACACUAAAUGAGCGAAUAAGUGGAAUUGAGGCAGAUAAAGCGCGAGAAUUGGAAGCAAAAGAACGGCAAAUGGCAGAAGAAAUGCGAAGAAUUGAGAGGAGUCGUGAUCUAGCUGAGGCUGAACGACUACGGCUUGUUGAUCUCGUUGCAACACUCGAUGAUAAGAUAACGAAGCUCUCGCAGGAAGCUUCCGAGGAGCAAUGGAUGCUAAAGGAGAAGCUCACAACGUUGGAAGUUGAGAGGAGAUCCUUUGAACGGGAACGUGAUCUCGUCCGGGAGGAACAGAAGCGCCACGAGAAGCGUAUUGAAGAUAUGAAGAUGUUAGCGCAGCAGGAGCAUCAGCGGCUUAUGGAACAAAUAGAGGAUGAACGACGAAAACUCACGGAGGAGCGUUUGAAGCUUGAAAUGUUGGAAAAAAUAAAUCCCGGACGUACAACAAAAGCAGAGGUUGAGAUUGCCCUCAAAGUGGCUGAAGAUGCUGCCCGUGAAGUUGACAAGGAGCGGGAGAAUCUCAUGAAACUCCAGCGUGAGUGUGAAACAGUCCGGAGGCAAUUGCAGGAUCGUGAGAAUGCACUAAAGCGCAAGGAAGUUGACGUGGAAACUGCUAUCCGUACGGCUCAGGCAAGGGAAGCAGCAGCAGAGGGGGCUCUUGAGAGUGCAAAAGCCACUGAGGUGCAAUUAUUCCAGAAAUACCAGCAAUUGUCACAGAAUACAAAGGAUUUGUGUCAGAGGGAGGAAAAGCUGUCGCAAUCGUGGGAGAAAUUGAGCAAGGAGCGUCUGGAAUUGCAGGCAAUGCGACGGAAUCUCACUGAAUCCAAAUGCAGUCUCUGUCGCUUUGGGCAGACUAAUCAGAAAAUUGCUGAUCUUCUCAGUAGAUCCCCCAUUAGUGGUGACAAAGCCCCUGUAGAAAGUCAUAGAGUAGCUGAAGUGAGAAGUUUAACCGAAGAAAUUGAGAAACUUCCCAGUAUUACUGAUGAUGAUCUCCUUAUUGCUUCAAAGAUGAAGAAAAGUUUGAAGAGGAAUUGAAAUUCAGCACAGGAAGUGAAGGAAAAAAAAAGGUUCGUAGUGUGAUUUGAACCGACGACACUUUGCUUGGAACGUUGCAGUUGAAUGUACUGAGCUAAAUGAAAGGCAAGAAAAAAAUGUAAUGAAUAAUUUUAUUUAUUUUUUGAUAAAAUUUUGUAAUAAAAAAUGCUGCAAAAAAUCAGUUUGACGAAUCUUAAUGCGAAGCUCAGGUACUCGUCA